GGGAUCCAAUUAUCAAACUGCUCCGAUCUCUCUUUCUCUUUCUAUCAGAUCAGAAUCUAUCUUGGUGGGUUGGAAGAUAAAAUAUCAACCUUGAUUCUCUUAUUUGUUCUCCAAUGGGGAUUGACAGGCUUCUUAAAGAUGAAGCUACGGAAGAAAAGGGUGAGAGGGCCAGAAUGGCCUCAUUUGUUGGAGCAAUGGCUAUUGCUGAUCUAGUGAAGACAACAUUGGGACCUAAAGGAAUGGAUAAAAUUUUGCAAUCAACAGGGAGAGGACGGAGUGUUACGGUUACAAAUGAUGGUGCUACAAUAUUGAAGUCCCUCCAUAUUGAUAAUCCAGCUGCUAAAGUCCUUGUUGACAUCUCAAAAGUGCAAGAUGACGAAGUUGGUGAUGGGACAACAUCUGUUGUUGUUUUGGCUGGUGAACUUUUGAGGGAGGCUGAAAAGCUUGUGGCAACAAAGAUACAUCCUAUGACAAUAAUAGCAGGUUACCGUAUGGCUGUUGAAUGUGCCCGCAAUGCUUUGCUUGAAAGAGUUAUGGAUAACAAAGAGGAUUCAGAGAAAUUCAAGUCAGACUUGAUGAAGAUUGCAAGGACAACGCUGAGUUCCAAAAUUCUCUCCCAAGACAAGGAGCACUUUGCAGAAUUAGCUGUUGAUGCUGUUAUGAGAUUAAAAGGGAGCACCAACUUGGAAUCCAUUCAAAUUAUUAAAAAGCCUGGAGGAUCUUUGACGGACUCAUUUUUAGAUGAGGGGUUUAUUUUGGACAAAAAGAUAGGGAUUGGUCAGCCUAAGCGCAUUGAGAAUGCAAAGAUAUUGGUUGCUAAUACUGCAAUGGAUACUGAUAAGGUGAAGAUUUAUGGUGCACGCGUUCGUGUUGAUUCAAUGUCUAAAGUUGCUGAGAUUGAGGCUGCUGAGAAGAACAAGAUGAAAGAGAAGGUGGAUAAGAUUAUAGGUCAUGGGAUUAACUGUUUUAUCAAUAGGCAGUUGAUCUACAAUUUUCCAGAAGAGUUGUUUGCAGAUGCAGGAAUUCUUGCUAUUGAGCAUGCUGAUUUUGAAGGUAUAGAGCGGCUUGGACUGGUAACUGGUGGAGAGAUUACAUCUACCUUUGAUAAUCCAGAAACAGUCAAGCUUGGACACUGCAAACUGAUUGAGGAGAUUAUGAUUGGUGAGGACAAGUUGAUCCAUUUCUCUGGUGUUGAAAUGGGUCAAGCAUGUACAAUAGUACUCAGAGGUGCAAGCUUCCAUGUGCUUGAUGAAGCCGAAAGAUCUCUUCAUGAUGCUCUAUGUGUGUUGUCUCAGACAGUAAACGACAGCAGAGUCUUGCUGGGAGGUGGAUGGCCAGAGAUGGUUAUGGCCAAGGCAGUUGAUGAGCUUGCUCGAAAGACUCCUGGGAAGAGAUCUCAUGCUAUUGAAGCUUUCUCCAAGGCACUCAUUGCUAUUCCCACAACCAUUGCUGACAAUGCUGGUCUCGAUAGCGCUGAAUUGGUUGCUCAGCUUCGAGCAGAGCACCAUAAAGACGGAUCCAAUGCUGGGAUCGAUGUCAUUACUGGAACUGUUGGGGAUAUGGAACAACUGGGAAUAUCAGAGGCCUUCAAGGUUAAGCAAGCGGUAUUACUAUCUGCAACCGAGGCUGCAGAGAUGAUCCUAAGGGUCGAUGAAAUCAUUACCUGUGCCCCACGACAAAGAGAAAAUAGAAUGUGAGACAAAUCAGCUUUUUCUUUUUCGGCUGGUUAAUGCGAGAUGUUUGGGCAUCAAAUGUUUUUGAGAGUUUCUUGCAGUUUGUUUUCUAUAUGAACUUGGUUUAGUUCAUAGUGUUAAAAAGACUCUAAUUUUGUAUUGCUCAAAAGACAGACUUUUCUUCUUAAUUUUUAAUUUGAUGGGUUGUUUUUGUAUUAUUACAUUGAAAGAUUAUGGAGAUAAUGUUAUGAUGAGAGCUUAUUAUGUGUUC